AUGUUAGUUUUUGCUAGCAUGUGCGGAACGAUGUUUUACUUUUUCUGGUACAUGUGUUUCGAGAACCUGUCCACACCACUAAUUGUGUCAAUGGAGUCGUCAAGGUAUCCUAUAUCGGAAAUAGACUUCCCAGCUAUAGCUAUCUGUAAUGUAAACAGAAUAAGCAAGAAAGCUAUGUUUGAAUUUGAGACGAAGACAUUUAAUAGAACAGUUAAGGGGAAUAUAAAAGAAAUGAUGACGUGGCAAUUCGGCGGACUUAUAGAUUAUACUUACAACGAAACUCUCAGAAGCCAUCUCCACUUAAACUCGGAGUACGCAACAACAUUAAGAGAUGCACCAAAAGUCAUUGACACCAUGAAAAAAAUUCUAAUUUUCGAUCCGAUACACUUUGCUGAUACGAAUGGUGGCCGAGUAGUGCAGCGCAUUGCUGAGCCCAACAUGGCGCUGUUCGUGGAGUUGCACUCCAUCAAGCAGAUUGCAACAAACGAAGUACGAAAGUACCCCCUCAAAACGAGGAAAUGUCUCUUCCACGAUGAACGAAAGAAGAAAUUCAACAACAUGUACUCCUACAGCGCCUGCAUCGUCAACUGCCGCAUAAAAGCCGUCCAGACACUAUGCAAAUGCACUCCGUAUUUCAUGCCAACUUCUUCCGAUAUACCCACAUGCACGUUGAAUGAGAUACCUUGCCUUAACAAACAUAAAGAAAAACUACCUCUUAUGUAUCCAACGGGUGCAGAUGAUGCAGACGGACUAGACAUGGAGUUCCAAGAUUCGUUGUACUGUCCUAACUGUUUUCUGGACUGCGAAUUCACGAAACACAUCACUAAAGCUUACAAAAUACCUAUAGUGCAAGAAGAAAUCGAUAAAGGGCGUAAAGAGUUUCGGAAGGCUUUCACUAAUGGAACCAAUAUGACAAACAAAUGCACAGUGUCCAUUUACCAGCCCACGUAUCAUGGCACCUUAGAUCGCUUAGACGUUGUCGCCUACUGGUAUGAACUGCUCAUAAGAUCUUUCUUGAUUUGUUGGUACGAUAGCGAAGCAAGUGAUGCAAGGUCCGCAUUCUCGAGAUUUGGCGAUGUUGAUAGUACGUACUAA